GCGUGGGAGUGAAUGCCAGAGAGCGCUGUGGAGGAAAAGUAAAGAGGAGGUGGCCCAGUGGCGCUCGCUCUCGCUGUCCGGGCUUGGCAGCACCUUGACCUUCAGUCCAUCCCCUCCUCCUCUUUCCUACUCCUGGGCCCGAGGGUGGGGACAGAGGCCAGGGAUGGAGACUGUCCCCUGGCAUGGGGAGGGAGAUGGGCAGAGCCAGAGAAUAACGCCCAGGAGCCGGGGCAGCUCGGUUUCAGACUCUCCGGAAAACCCAGCAGUCUAGAAAAGCUGGGGUUGGAGUCUCCCCUCUUUGAAGAGUUCUCAGGAAGUUUGGGGGAGGGGCGAGCCGCGCUCUCCUGUUCCACCAGGCAGAGCGUGCCGGCGGCUGUGGGGGGACCACAGAAGCCGCAGGUCUCAGUGCUGUCACGUCCGUGCCCUCAGGCGGGCUCCGCGUGUCUCCGGAGGGAUCCGUGGGCAGUGCUCACAGGCCGAUAUGGAGGGGCUGGUUCUCCUCAAUGCCCUGGGCACCCGGCUGCUGUUCGUGCUGCACUCCCUGGUCGGGGUCUGGCGAGUGACCGAGGUGAAAAAGGAGCCGCGAUUCUGGCUGCUUGCGCUGCUCAACCUCUUGCUGCUUCUGGAGACUGUGCUCACCCUCAAGUUCAAGCGCGGCCGAGGCUACAAAUGGUUUUCACCAGCCAUAUUUUUAUAUCUGAUUAGCAUCAUGCCAUCAUUGUGGCUUCUUGAAGUGCAUCAUGGGACUCAGUAUUGCAGUGUGCCGUCUGAAGAAAUGUCACAGAAUACUAGCAGAAAAGAGGACAUCAAUUACACCGAGGUAUCCAGUGAACAAACCAAUGGAGCAGAUUAUCUCAUUGAGUCGGCCCGAGUUUUUGUAAAUAACUUAUCUGCAGUAUGUGAGAAAGUUUGGACUUUGGGACUCCAUCAGACAUUCCUACUACUGCUAAUAAUUGGAAGAUGGCUACUACCCAUUGGGGGAGAGAUCACUCGAGACCAACUCUCACAGCUUCUCCUUAUGUUUGUGGGGACAGCUGCUGACAUUCUGGAAUUCACAAGUGAGACCUUGGAAAUUCAAAGUGUGAGAAGUAACCCUGCACUAGUCUAUGCCAUUCUAAUUUUAUGGACUUGGAGCAUGCUGCAGUUUCCACUUGACCUGGCAGUGCAGAAUGUCGUGUGCUCCUCCACUGUGCUAGCCCGGGGAUUCCCUAGCCUGUUCUUCUGCCAGUACAGUGCGGACCUGUGGAACAUUGGAAUCAGCGUCUUCAUCCAAGAUGGUCCCUUCCUCAUUCUGCGCCUCAUCCUGAUGACCUGCUUCAAUGUGACCAACCAGAUGCUGGUAUUCUUUGCUGCGAAGAAUUUCCUCGUGGUGGUGCUGCAUCUCUACCGCUUGGUGGUGCUGGCUUUGGGAGCACGUGCUUCCUUGCAAAGGCAUUCAAAAAGCUCCAAAGGAGAGCCUGUGUGCCAAGGUCGGCACUCUGAGAGUGGGCCCUCCCUGGAGGUCUGGCAGGGAGAGGCUAAGGAGGACCUGGCUAUUGCUUUGCAAGCCUCACCUGCCGCCUCCGAUUCCCACUCCACACCCUAGUAAUUUACUGACAGCACUACAGCAACUGGGACAUGUGGCUUUCUGGUUUCUUAGAGGCAGACUCUCCCUCUGUUUUUUCCCUCCCUUCUUUGGCAUAUAAUGAUUCUCAAAGGAACAACAUAAAAAGGCGAUGUUCAAUCAAAGCUGAGAAAUUUUCUUUCUUCAACUGGAAGGCGCUUUGAUUAGUGACUUUUACUACAACUUUGUGUGAGAUGGUAUCAGAUGUUAUAGUUGUUGAACAACUAAAAUGAUUUGCUUGUAGUGAACUGUUUGAAAAGCCAUGGACAAGGUUAUAGUGAUAUGCCCUGGAAAGAUUUAGUGCAGACAACUGUCACAGCUGUGACCUGAAAAUGCAGACGCUUUGAACUUUGGCUCCAUUGUCAGACUAUCUAUUCUGAUCUUUUCUGCAAUGUGCUCUGACAUCAAAAAUGUACAUUUAGUGAAUGCAGAACAAAUGAAGGGAAAAGUGCCUUUAACAUUACCUCAUUGUGGGCUGUGAGCAGUGACAAAUCUCUGCCCAGCUUCCAUACCAGAUAAAGUCCCAUUCAUCCCCGGGAAGGCCUUCCCAGGAAAAUCUUUUUUCUGGGUUGAUGUGGUUUUCUGGCAUGGCGCAUAUGCUCUUCUAGGAACUUUCUUGCUUUUGGCUUGGGUGCUAUAAAGUUCACAGCAAGCCAUUUCAAUUACGUAUCCAUUGGUGGAAAGACAGCAAAUACUGGUAAAAAGCAAGCAAAGACGUGAUUUGCAGAGUUCGUCGGUGUUUUUCUGAAUUCCAUUUUACCAUUUCCUGUACUACCAAGUUGAAUCUUAUGAGCCGAUGCUGAGAAGUUCAGAAGCAGCGUAUAAAGGGGCUUGGGGCCCUGUCAACGUUACCAUGGUUUCUGGUGUUUGCCAGCAGCAACAACCAUAAUUGCAGCUCCUCUCACCUGCCACCACUGGAGAUGGCCUUUGGUCUCAGGGAAUAUGACCACGGAUGACCGCAACCACCCCGCCUACAGCCAACAGCCGUCCUAUUGUGGCAAUCAAGGCAAUCCGCUUCAUCUCCCUGCACGAUGACUUCAGUUCCCAGCACUGGGAGAGCCAUGUAUUUCCAUUACACACCUCCAUCCUUUUCCGAUGGAAGUGAUUGAGAAACUUUUAAAGUGAUUUUUGCUUUGAAAGGUAUUGUGUAAAACUUCACAUGGAUGUAUAGCAAUAAUUAUGGGAGACAAACAAGUCUAAAACUUCUUUUAGGCUUCAAAGCACACGUAAUUCUUCCUCUGUUAGUAUGCUCAGAUCAUUUACGGUAGAGUAUGCCCUUAAUUGUGUGUAACCUAAUGACAACCAAUUGGGACAAUUUUAUCUAUAUAUCUGUGUGACAUGAUAUUCAUUCAAAACUUUCAAUAAAACGUUUUAUAUACAAAUUCUGUUUCCUAUGCAGUACAACGCAUAUUUUAUAGUUAUUUUCUUUUCUUCCUUGUGGUUCUAGGUUUAACGAUACGAUAAUUGUAAAAUUACACAUGAAAGAAUACAUUAAUACUUUUCCAUAAUAAUUUUAUGCAAGUCAAGAUCAGUGAAUUAUAUUUAUAUGAAGUAAAGAACUUGACAACUUUUAAGGGCAUGCUAUUUAAAAUGCUUAGCAAUUGAAAGCAAAAAUAAUAACUGCUAUUUAUAAAAAGCCUUUAGCAGAAUCUGUUUUUAUGCUGACUGUUUCAUGUUGAAUAUUUUCUCCCACAACAUGUAUGUGCCGCUUAUUAUUGCAGAUUUGCUCAUGGCAUACUUGUCAUGUUUUAAUUUUUUUCUUCCAGCAAAACAAACACAAGCCUCUAAAAAUAGAUCAAGUAUAAAGUAAUACGGCUGUUACAAAGAUAUUUUUAAAUGCUUUCAAAUCUGAGACUUGGCUUGGCUUCGUGAAUGAGUUUCUCGUGUUUAAAUAAAGUAUUUUGUAAUUAGCACUCCUGCUAAAGGCCUGGGAAAUAGAAAGCCUGUCCAAAGUCUAGUUUUAUUUAGAGUGCCAGGAAGUCAAAGAGCACUCAGGACUGACUGUCUUGGCAAUUAAUGGCAGCAAAAAUAGACACACAUUCUGCAGAGUUUUCCAGGAAAAUCUGCUAAGUGAAGCAUUUGUUAACCUAACUGCCAGUACUCCCACUCCCAUAGACUGGCUGUUUUUAUAGUACAAAAAAAAAAUCCAUAUUAGUUUACUUUAUUUACAAAAAAGCCGUAAGUUCAGAUUAUAUCCCUAAAGGAAACUUAAAAAUUUAUUCAAUUAAAUGUAUGCUUUUAUUGUAGACUGCUGAACAUUGUAAUGUUUUAAAACAUCCAAAUGUUUGCUUUAAAGUGGCUAGAACAUCAGUUACUUUCCAUAUGGUGACAUCCUGGGAUUGUUUGCCUUCCAUUUGUACUAAGAUGACUGACUCACGUCAUCUGUAUGAUGCGAUGCAGACCGUACCUCUCUGCCACACUACAGGCCAAUCCCCGACGGCUGCUGGAAGUGACUCAUUUGUGGUCAUAGGUGCUGUUGCUAAUAUUGAUACUGUUAUUAUUUAAUUUCUUUAUUGAAGGCUAAAUGUCCUUCCUAAAAACACAUUCUUUUUGUAAGAAAACACAGUGUACAUGUUAUAAUAAUACUGUGCCGAAAUCAUCUCAUGACCAUUUACUGGAUGAAUUACAGACAACAAGAUUAGAAAACUCACCUUUUACUUGAUUAUUGUGUCAAUUUUUAUUUAAGCUUGAAGUGAUGACAAAAAAAAUUUUUUUGACUUGGUCAAUAACAUUUUUUCUAAUCUGUUGAUAUGGCAAAGAAUAGCAGGAUUCACUGUUGUGAUAUUAAUUAAUAACUCAUUGUGUAAUAGAAACUUUCAGAAUCUCUGGGAAGACAUGUGUUGUAUUUGCACAAACUGCAGCAUUUCCACCAAGCCUCAGAGGUGAACACUGACUCUUACCAUCGUUGGCAUUUGAUCUUGAUGACUCUUAACCUACUCUGCUCUUAAAAGAGAGAAAGAAUUGCAAAAUCCAGGACUCUUCAUCUUAACUCUACUCUGAGAGAGAUGUUGAAAUAUACUGCAGAGUUUCAGAGAUGCAAGUGAAAAAAUAGCGUUGAAUUACAAGAAACAAAGACUGGCAUUUUUUUCUAAUGUCAGACUUUGCUUUUUACUUAGUAGACAUUCUGAUCGGCUCUCAGAAAUAUCUGAUUGGGAGCUGAACUAGGCAGCUGGAGGAUGUUUACAGCUUUGAGGCUUCAAAUAACUUUCUGUAUGAAGGGAGUAACUUUAAACAAUGUUUAAAUACUUAACUGCUACAGCCUUAUAUUUAUGGGUAUAUAUCUUCUGAAUCUUUUUUUUACUAGAAUACAGUAUAAGAAUAUUUUCUCUGAAGUCUUUAUACUAUACUAUUUUACUAUGAAUGACCUUUGUAUUUUAUUAUAUGCAUUAAAUAGUGUGUGCACAACUUUAUCUUAAUGUCUGUUUUUUGCCAGCAUUUCAUGCCUUUGUUCUCUUCUGUAAUUCAUUUCCUUCAUGGUUUUUAAGCUCUGGUUUAAGAAAUAUAACUGAUUUAUCUAGAAUAUGAUUAAAGUGGCAUUUCAAACUAGUGAGGAAAAGCUGACCAAUUUUGUAAAUGAUGUUGGCAAAUUUUGCAAUUCAUCUGGAAAAAAUAAAGUUAGAUUUUUAUCUUA